AAGUGAAAUACAGAGUAUGGUUGACAAGUAUAUAUACAGGUAGGUGAGUGAGUGAGUCCCAAACAUUCCAUGUGGAGUGACAUCCCUUGGCUUUACAAACGGCAGAAAAUGGCGGCUACGGCAAUGUCAUUCACUUGGAAUUAGCACCCAGAAAAGUUGGCGUUGGAAAGAAAUCCAGACCCGGCUGAUGCUGAAAAUGGAUUGAUAUUAACGUCCUGUGAACAUUGGGUGUGUGUUUUGAGUCAUACUACGGCUGCUGAUGACGGGAAUUACCGCUUGAGGCGGCGCGGUUGGAUUUCCAGAAGCAAUACACGACAGUGUGGAGCUCAGUGAUUUCUUUUGGUAUGUCGAGCAUUCUCUGUUAUAGCUUCGAAUGGACGCUUCAUUUCAAGCCUGCAUCAUUCACAGCCAGAAUCGAUGUCGUCAGUUUUCCCUAAUGAUUUUUAAUGUUAUUUUAAGACAUUGAGGAAUUCCCCUGAGUAAUUCUAUAUGUCUCCGCUCGGUUGACAAUGUAAUCACGUGACAUACUGACGUUCAUCGGCAAAUGAACGACAGUCAGCUUGGCAGUGUUCAUCUAGGCGAGGUCACCCGCUACUGUUAAUAUUACGCAUGGAGUAUAUAUGUAAUGCUCCAUUCAACCUUUUCGUGGAUUGUCAGCCGAGUGUUACGGACGCGUGCACCAGAGAAUAGGCGCGUUGACUCACAAACAAGAGAAAAUUCCGGUCAGCAUUGGUCACAUCACAUAGGACAACGCAGGGCUAUAGGGUUAAUCCUGCAUUUCAAUAACUGAACAAUACCGACACAACUAUUUGUGAAGAAAUAAAGAUGGAAGUGGAACGAAGUCUGAAAAGACACAAAGAUCAUCCACAGGGAAAAUGGCGCUACUGUCUUGCCAUGCUUCUCUCGGUUGGCAUGUUUCUAGGGAGCUGUUUCCGAUCGAGUCUCGGCAUAACUAUAGUGUGUAUGAUUCGUCAUCCCCGCAGGAACAUGACCUAUGAUCAGGAUCUUGAAGGUGGGUUAUCAUUGAAAACAUUACCUAACGUGUCUACAAAUCAUGGUCAUGUAAACAACAGCUAUGAAUCCGGAACAGCAGACAGUUAUUGCCAUGCUGGGCAAUUUCUUAAUUGGAUUACCAAUGAUGAUGAUGAGUACGAGAUGGGAGAGUUUGAAUGGAGCAAACAAAUUCAAGGAAUUGUUCUUGGUGCAAUGUUUUGGGGUUACCUAUGCCUCCAAAUUCCCUGUGGGUUUCUAGCCGAACGAUUUGGUCCCAGAAAAGUCAUUGGUAUAGGGUUUAUUCUGUGUUCUGCAUCAACGUUGUUAUCACCCGUGGGUGCCCGCAAGAACGUCUACAUCCUGGUUGGUCUUAGGAUUCUAACUGGAGCAUUUGCGUCAGUGUUGUUCACAUCGCUUCCCGCUUUCUGGGUACAGUGGGCACCCAAAUCGGAAAUCUCGACUUUACAAAGUAUCGCAUUUACAGGUAGUGAAGUUGGAAAUGCUUUAGUCUUUCCACUGUCCGGGUUCCUGUGCAGAUCUGGCAUUGACGGUGGAUGGGCUUCAGUGUUUUAUGUUACAGGUGGUCUCGGGGUAGCAUGGUCUUUAUCAUGGAUGAUUCUAUCACGUGAUAAACCAUGCGAUCAACCAUGGAUUUCAGAGGAGGAAAAAACCUACAUAGAACAAAAUACCAAAUCACGGAUACGGGAAGAAAAGAAGAUACCAUGGGGUGAUAUGCUGAGGUCGAGGGCGACGUGGACGUUAAUCUGCACCCACACAUUGUACAACUACGCCUACUACAUGCUACAGCUUCAACUUCCAACUUACCUCAAUGAAGUCAUGCAUAUCGACAUUCAAUCGAGUGGUGUACUUGUUAUGUUGCCCUACCUUUGUAGUGGUCUCUUUGUAUUUCUGGCUGGCUGGCUGGCGGAUGCACUUAUAAAGAAGAAAUAUCUCUCACGUGACAACACAAGGAAGCUCAUGAACUCUCUAGCUUGCGCUGUACCGGCAGUCCUGAUGAUCACACUGGCAAAGCUCGACUGUAGAAGUCAGAUACCCGCAGUCGUAUUGCUCUGUGUAGCAGGGGCAUUGAGUGGACUUUCCUUCUCUGGAGGGUUUUUGGUGACCUUUGUAGAGAUCGCCCUUGCCCAUUCUGCAAUUCUCUUCGCCGUGUCUAACACCAUUGCCAGUAUACCAGGGAUAGUGGCGCCCUAUGUUGUGUCACUACUGACUCCUACAGGUUCCCAGAGUGAGUGGCAGUCUGCAUUCUACGUAGCAGCGGCUUUGCUGCUCAUGUCAACCAUUGUCUUCCUGUUUUCUACGACCACCCCACAACCCUGGGCUCUACCUCCUGUUGACGAUACAACCACAGUGGACAGUCUUACUGAGGAUCGCACUGAAGAUAAAUUAUAACCCUGGAGAAUCCUUUGAUAUUUCUGUAGUUACAGUAUAUUAGAUAUCUCCAAACGAUUUUGAAACCUGAACAACCAUCGUAGCAACAUCAAAGCAUUUGACUGGCACAGAAACCCUGUGCAGAAUAUUUAAUUAAAUUCAGUGAAACAGCACCUGCUCCGAUCACGAUUUCUAUUCAAACCUCAUCUUCUGGGAGCUUUGUUUAGGUUGAACCUAUAUUUAUUUUCCUGAUUAUACUAGAUAACUGCAAGUGUAUCCCAUCAUAUAAUUUCAUGGUUAUAAAUAACCCACUCAUCAUUUAUUCCAAUGUUCAUGCUUUCAAGUUCACUAUUUAUGUACUAUUUUUUAUAAUUUUAAACUUCAUAAGUUUUGAACUAAAAUGCUCAGAAAGAUGUGAACGAGUGAAAGACGUGGGAAGUCUGCAUUAUGAAACGAUGUUUUAGUCGCACUCACAAAUAUUCCAGAUAUAUGGCGGCGGAUUGUAAAGAAUCGAGUCUGGACCAGACAAUCCAGUGAUUGACAUGAUAGGCAGCGGUCUACGCAACUGGCAUAUGCGAGUCAAGUCAGCGAGCCUGGCCACCAGAUCCCGUUAGUCGUCUCUUACAAACAUGAGUUGCCGAAGACCACUUCUAACCCUUGUCUUCUCGGGACUGGACUGGAUGCACAGGACUCGACACGUUCUAACAGACUCAAUACUGAUACGAGGGAUGCUGAACAUCCGUUGUAAUAUUUGCAUUCAACUCGACGAUAGUCAAGUGGAUUUUGUUUUGUUUGUUUGUUGUUAAAGCGUUUAGUUUGUAAAUUUCACAAUCACAGAAUAUUAAAUGGUUUAUUUAUAUAA